GGGCUCUGCGAGUGCGGGGCCGACCUGCGCGGGGCGCCGCGCGAGGACGUGCGGAGGCACAGGCGGAGCUGGAGGCACGCGAGGAACCUGGCGCAGCUGGGGGGCCGCGUGGUCGUCUGCGAGGCCGUCAACGAGUACCGGGCCGCGGGGCAGAGUCUGGUCGCGGCUGGCGACAGCGUGCUCGAGGUGGGCUGCUGCACCGGCGGGACGUCGGCGGUGCUGGCCAGUGCCGUGGGGGACGCUGGUCGCUUCCUGGGCAUCGACAUCGGCGCGGCGGUCGUCGAGGAGGCGCGGCAGCGGCUGCCGGGUGCCCGCUUCGAGGUGUGCGACGCGUUCGACGUGAGGCGUCUGUUGGAGCUGGCUGGCGCCAGGCAGGGGCAGGGGCCACCCUUCGACGCGGUAUUCUUGGACGUGGGCGGUGGCAGGUGGCUGGACGUGUUGACGCAGCUGCUGACGAUGUACAGCACCGCUCUGAGACCUCCGCUGCUGGUGGUGAAGUCGCAGCGCCUCAAGUGGCUGUUCCUGCGGGGGGCGCUGUGGACCAGUCUUGGCGGGCUGCCGCGAACGGCGCUGCUGGGCUGGCUGCUGCUGGCGGACCCUCCGGAGGUGAAGCAGUUCGGCUUGGCCAUGAAGCCAAGGAGCUGGGCGUCGCAUCCGGGCGCAACACUUCGCAGGCGCUUGCGGCGCAAACGGCGCGCAUCCUGCGCGGCAUGGGCCUGCUGGCCGAGCACCACCAUCUUGCAUUCGCGGGGGUGCUCGUGAGGCCCCCAGACGAGCUGCUCGAGCAGGCUGCUUGCUCGGUAGGGGACCUGCUCUCGUGGCCAACCGACAGAGUGGAGAAGCUCAAGGAGAAGUGGGCCAGCAGGGCGGUAAAUCCGGAGUUCUCCGAGAGGGCGUUUGCCGACGGCCUGGCGCUCUUCCGGUGA